UUUUCAGUGGUAAAUUUGUUUCGAAAUCUGUUGUUAAUGAAAAGAAGUGUCAUUUUUACUCCUUACUCAUAUAUUUUCCAGGAGUACUAGUGCGUUGGUUUGUUUUUAUACAGAUCACCUAUUUCAAUUGCAGAGCAAUUUUUACUUGUACGGUUUUGAGGCUCAUAUACAAAAUUAUAUCUAUUUUGCUAGACUUUUAUCAUAGACGUUAAUAUGAGCAACCAAGAUAACACUGAUUCACACUCCUCCCACAGUUUGCCAGAUCUUGGAAGUGCUUAUUGUUUUGAGGGAAACAUAAUCAAACGUUUUUAUUAUGACGGUACGACUAAUAUUCGCCAGCUAAGUGAUUCUACCUAUACUGUGAAUGCAGUAUACUUAUCUGGUUUAAUGUCAGAUUUACGUGACUUUACCGAUGUUGAGCAACACUUUAGAGCAUUGAAAAAUGUUAAAGAGAUCUUGUUAAGUAAGACCCAUAUUGCUUUAUGUUUGUAUGAGAACAAACUCACUGAUAUUUUGUUGGAUUCCAUACGUCAUUUUAAAGAAGGAGAAAUUGUGGAAGAACUUUUAUAUAUACUGAUAGUUAUCACAGGUUUUUCAAGUAGAGGCGUAAAAGAAGUAGCUGCCAGCGGUGCGAUACCUUUGCUAUUUAAUUUGAUGAAAUCUGCUGACAGCCUCAUUAUAGUCUAUUUAUCAGCAUGGGUUGUAUCAAACUUGAUAGGAGAAAAUUAUUCAUUAUGUCAGUUAAUUAUGAAAGAAGGCUUCUUAUCGCUAGUCCACGAAAAGAUUUCUGAGACAUCUAUCAUGCCGAUUACGCGUACACUGUCUCGUGGUGUAUUAAGUGUUUGUCGUUAUCCAGUGCCUAAAAAUACUGUAACGAAAUUAUUGGAAACCAUAAAAUGCCUUAUAUCGCACCCUGAUCCUAUAUUGCAAUGGGAUGCUGUUUGGUGUGUGAGCCUAAUAACUGACUUUGGAAUCACGAAUAUCAAUGAAGCUAUAUUCAAUUUUGGAAUUGUGUUUAAGAUGCUUGCGAUAUUAAACUCAAAAGAGAAUUAUGUAUUAAGUCCUCUCACUCAUUCAUUUGCUAAUAUGACUGCUUCGAGUGAUUCCUUGACACGAUCGCUUGUCAAAAAUGGUAUCCUAAAAAACGUUCCUCUACUUCUCUCUUAUGAAAAUGUUCAGGUACGUACCGAUGCCGCUAUGAUGUUUGGCAACAUUAUUAGUCGCAUGUCUAAUGAGGUUUCUAAUAUGAUUACUGAUGAAUAUUUGAAUAUUGGAUUAGUCAAAUUGACUACUGACAAACCUGCGGUACAAACAGAGAUGAUAUGGGUAUUCAGCAAUCUGUUGUUAACAAACAACAAACGUAUUUUGGGCGAAUUAUUGAAAAGAAAUGUGAUGAAACACAUUUUUGAAAUAUUACACAGUCAAGCCGAAGAUAUAAAACUCAUUGCCCUAUUCGCAAUUAAAUCAAAACUUUACAUGCCAUCUGUAGCCAGGGCUAUCGCACUAAAUUUGCACAAAUCUGGCGCAAUUCCAUUAAUUCAAAGGGUUUCAUGUGACAAAAUCGAUAGCGUUGCUAAUGUAUCAGAAAUUAUUCUAAGUGUAUUACGUAAAAUAUUAGAUCAAAUGAGGCUCAACUUAUCAAUGCGUAAAACAAGAGUAUGAAAUUGAAGAUAUUUUAAAAUUAUGAAUAAAUUUAUUUAACCUAUA